AUGGAGGGGACCUUUCAAACAUAUUGUAGUCCCACAAGCAACUAUUAUUAUCCUGCAGCUAAAAAUUUCCCAAAAACUGUCUACAUUUUUGCCUGUGUUGUCAUCAUCAUCUUCUCCAUUUUGUCAACAGUCGGCAAUAUUGUAAUUCUACUCGCUCUUCGCAAGUGCCAGUCUUUACAUCCUCCGUCAAAAGCCCUGUUGUGCAGUUUAGCUCUGACGGAUCUUUUCGUUGGAUUGGUCGUUCUUCCAUUGUUUACAGCUGACUACAUGACGGUUAUUUUCGAAAUACCAGAGUAUUACUGCGCUUUAGCUAUUACAUAUGGGCGAACAUCAACCUUUAUUGGUGCCGUUUCGCUUGAGGUUAUAACCACAAUUGCCAUUGACCGAUAUCUCGCCUUCCGUCUUCGAUUAAGCUACAGACAAGUAAUGAAACUUAGACGAGUUGUUUUCAUUCUUGCUUUUGAGUGGAUCCUCGCAGCAAUUUGGACGGCAAGUUGGUUUUUGAGUGUAUCGUUCAAUAUGUUUUUCGGGGCAAUCGGAAUGUUCGGUUGUUGUUUCACUACAUCACUUUGCUAUCUAAGGAUUUAUUGUGGUUUUCGUCAACAUACUGCACAAAUUCGACAACAGACAGACCCCGAGCCCGCAAUCGAUCUAAACAUGGCUCAAUACAAGAAAACUGUAAAUAACAUGUUGUGGAUUUAUGGCGUAGUUAUCCUGUGCUACACACCACACUUUGCUUGCCUGCUCGCAAUAUUUAUUUCUGGAAUCAAUGAAUCAAACCGUUUUGCACUUCAUUUAAGCGCGAUUGCAAUAUAUUUCAAUUCUUCUCUAAAUCCCAUUCUGUAUUGCUGGAAAAUCAAAGAAAUUAGAUUCAAAAUUAUCGCUAUUUUACUUCCUCUAUUCAAUUAUUUCAGUGCAUUUGGUGGGUAG